UUUUGGAGAGCUUUUAUGCUGGAAAUCGUCGAUCCCGAUCCCAAUUUGGCAACGCUGACAACAUUUCCGGUUUCAUCAGAGUCACGUGAUCCUCCUGAAGCGCCAAACUUUGAACGCGCGGGUUCACCGACGGUGCAUUCGACAAACAUGACGGAGCAUAACAUACCUAUAAUAAUUUUGAGCGAUGAUGAUGAUGAUGAAGGGGACUUUUUGGGGACACACAACGACUCUUCUGUGCUGAUCGUUGAAAAUGAGAGGAACGACGCAGAUAUAUCUAAACACAUUGAAGAGUUGGAUGAAGACUUAGCCAUCACAUACUCCCAAACUGCAACAGUGCUUCCACACGCAAGAUAUGACUGCACCCUGGCGUUCUGUCGAGCAGAGCAGGACAUUUCAGGACCUCUACAAGAUAAUGCAAAGCACUGUGAUCAAUGCUUCUGCUAUAUCUGCGACAAACUGGCAUCCAUGUGUGAGCUCUGGACCAUCCCUGGGAUUUGCCACUGUAAUGCCCAUAAGCACAGCAUCUACUGGAAAGCCCUCCGUGACAAGAGUCUGAUGGGAUUUCUGCAUGAGUUGAACUUCACCUUUGACCCACUGGAUAUGGAUUCAGACCUACGACGUGCAGAAACUUCACUGCAGAAAUUUGCUGGUAGCUUGGCAAUGAAGUAUGCAACUUUUUUGUUGGGGUUUGAGAGUCCCAACCAAUCAGUGAGCUGUCGGUGCGCCUGUCACCGCAAGAUUAACAGCAAUGCACAGAGUCAAACCAUCGGAUGUAAAGGAUGCUAUCAACAUCACUUUAAGGUCCUGGAGUAUGAUUACACUGUUGUGAGUCAACAUAUCAAAAUGUUUUUAAAUGAAGCAAAGAAAGAGAAUCCAAAGGCUUGUGUUGUAAUGCUGCUAGGGGCUAUUAAGCUUUUCGCCAACCACACAGCUCCUGGAAAUAUACAUGCUGCUAAAACUGUAUCUGCAACCGUGUCAAUGCUCCUUUGGAGAUUUAUGACAAAAGUGUGGACGCUUUUAGUUGGCUUUGAUUUUUCUGGCUCUUUUAUAAAGCAGCUAGAGUCUUUCUACCAGAAGCUUCAUAUUCCUUCAAGUUGCACAUUGCCAAAAAGUCUGUGUGUGCUACCUUGGGAUGAUCCCUUGCUGUCUGCUGUGAUGAAAGGUCAAAACAUCACUGGAGUGAGGCAGGGCAAAGGUCGAAGGCAUCAAGUCUUGUGUGAACCUCUGGUCGUGAUUCAAGCGAGAGUCUGUAAACUUCAACAGCAAAACAAGUACCGUGAGUUGGCUCGCUAUCUCAAAGUUGUCAAAAGCAUCAAUAAUCCCACGCUGCAGAGAAUGAAAGACUUGGUUCCCCUCUACCUGUGCAAGGAUGGUGACUACAGUGGUGCAGUCUGCCACAUGCUAUCACUAAUGCCUGGUGCCACAUGCCUUGCUUCCCGUCUCACACCUCAACAGUUCAGAGCUUAUCUCAGAAUUCUCUCAUCAGGCCUCGCCCCUGAUGUAACACAUGAAUUUGAUGCAGGAAACGGCCAUAUGAUCAUACCUGAUCCUUUACAGAGCACUAAGUGGACACCGAUCGAAGGUUCAAAUUCAUUCAAGAUGAUGGAGGUACUGAAGUUUGCACUGAGGGUUCUGGACUGUAACAGCAUUGUUUUUGCUGAUCCAGAAACGUGGGUGUAUCUGCUCAGUGUUGUCAGUUCCAGUUUUACUACUCCAGAUGGUGUUCCUAUUGGUGCAUUCUAUGCCGAGCCUGACGUCACCUAUCAAACGGUGACCAGAGAGGCUGCAAGUGCAAUUCUUGAGGAGUUGACAACAACUUCCCGUAUACAAAUCCCCAAAACAUUUGAGCGUGGUUAUCCUGACCAGGCUAGACUGCUGUUGGCCACUCAGGCUUUGGUACUGCGUAUAUUCCACUCACAGCUCAAGCCCAUCCUCAGCGUCAUCAUGGCUUUCAGGUUCAACCUUUGGGCACUCCGUUGGUUCUUCUUCAGUCUUCUGGUGAGGCCAGAUGUGCUGCACUACCUCCUUUGUGGUCUUCUGGAGGAACUGUCUGAUGAGCGAUACCAGCUCCUACAGAGAAAGUGGAUUGAAUCCGAACAUUCCCUGGUUGCGUACUUCCUCUGCAUGUACUUUUGGGAAAACAGCAUAGUCCUGGACCAUAACACCUAUCCCAUCAAUAGCUUGCUUGCCACUUGGAAUGAAUCGCACAUCCCCUGGCAGCUGAGCUUAAAACUGUAUCUUGAGUGCAACGUGGCCAAACUUACUCCAGAAAAACGUAAAAUCCUGCAUCUUAUCCAACAGCGAGGAAAAUAAGUGACCAACAUCCUGUUUUAAAAACUAAUUCUUUUAAUGUACAUACAGAGGGAUUUAAUGUUUUCAUAGAUUAUACGAUUUUUUUUCUCCCUUUUUCCAGGCUUUUGUUUUCCUUCGUUUAGGAAUUAACCAGUAUUUUGCAAUAUUA